UGUGUUGUUUUUACUCUAUGUGAAUAAAGCGACGCAUCGCAGACUGGGAAUUAGUUUGCUGAUGGAACUCAAGUAAUUGAAACGUGUCUCGUGAUUUCUUAAGAAGCAUACAUACUGGCUAACGAAUUGAUGGUAUACGAAACAUUUGCGUGCGAUUAUUUUGUUUCAUGUUUAGUUUAAAAAUUUAAUUUGUUUACAAGUACUAUUAUUACGAGAAAAAUUAACAAGAGAGACAAAAUUAAAGCGCCGUGUACGAUAAUUGCGGUAAUAAGUCGUUCAAAUUGAUUGUUUACAUUAAUCAAACGCGUUUAAUUGAAAACUAAUUAAUUGGCCCAUCCAUUCAUUCAUUCAAAGUUUACCUUUUUACGUAUACCAAAAAUAAAAAAUAUUUUUUUUUGUGAAAGUUCAAACGUAUUCAAUUCACCAAACUGCAAAGUGCCAUUGUCAUAGUACUCUGUGGUUUUAGAGAAAAAUUUGUAAACCUAAAAUAAAGAAAACUAGAUAGCUGACAUGGCUGACAUAACAGAAGAUCGUAUCUUAAGGAUGCUUCACGGUCGAUGUUUAUUCAUAACUGGUGGUACGGGCUUUCUCGGUAAAGUUUUGGUCGAGAAAUUGUUGAGGUACUGUCCAACGAUUGCUAAAAUUUAUAUGAUGGUUCGACCGAAGAAAGGCAAAGACCCGAAGCAACGACUGUUGGAAAUAUUUGAUAAUCCCUUAUUCGAUUUGGUAAAAGAACAGCGUGGUGUGUCAACGAUUGUUGAUCAAUGUGAAGUAAUUUGUGGUGAUUGUACACUGCCAGACCUGGGAAUAUCGGCAGAGGAUAGAAAAAUAUUAGCGGACAAUGUGACGAUCAUCUAUCAUUGUGCGGCGACAAUACGAUUCGACGAGGAAUUGAAGACAGCCGUUCUACUUAAUACUCGCGGAACAAAGCUUAUGUUGGAAUUAGCGGAAAAUUGUCCGAAAUUAGAACUCUUUUGCCAUGUAUCAACAGCAUAUUGUCAUCUGAAUGAGAAGAUGUUACUCGAGAAACCAUAUGCUCCCCCAGCAGAUCCACACAAAAUUAUCAAAGCCAUUGAGUGGCUCGAUAAUGAUGUUGUUAAUGCAAUGACAGAAAAAGUAUUGGGAAAUAUACCAAACACAUAUGCCUACACUAAAUCAUUGUCUGAAGCAUUAGUCGUGGAGAAAAUGCAAUCGAAAAAGGUGCCUGCCAUUAUCUUGCGACCGUCUAUUGUAAUUCCAAUUCGUUAUGAUCCCAUUCCCGGCUGGACAGACAACAUAAACGGCCCCACCGGACUGUUGAUCGGUGCAGGAAAAGGAGUCAUUCGAACAAUGUACUGCAAUGCAUCCGGUUACGGAGAUUAUCUUCCAGUUGAUUUUGCCGUUAACGGCAUAUUGGUCUGCACUUGGAACUAUGUGGCAAACAGGGAUUACGAUAGGAACAUUUACCAUCUGACAAGUUCAGCCGAAAUAAAAGUUUCCUGGGAACAGGUCAUAAACAUUGGCCGAUGGGUCGUAUGCAAUCGUUUACCAUUGAACGGAGUGUUGUGGUAUCCGGGCGGUUCAAUGAAAACAAGUCGUCUUCAUCACAACAUUUGCUCAUUCUUUUAUCACUGGGUUCCAGCUUUUCUCAUCGAUUGUUUGCUGUUUUGUCUCCGCUAUCCGCCAGUUUUAUGCCGAGUUCAGAGACGUGUUCAGAAGGGUUUCGAAGUGCUCGAAUAUUAUGCGAACAACCAAUGGGACUUCGAUAAUGCAAACGUUAUGUACUUGCGGUCGCUCGUCAAUAGUAUCGAAAAGGAGAAAUACGCUAUUCAGGAUGAUGAUAUUGACUUGUAUAAGUACUUUGAACACUGUAUACACGCAGCCCGUCUUUACAUUUUAAAAGAAACAGAUGAUACCAUACCUGCUGCCCGUAGACAUAUGAAAAUCAUGUACUGCGUCGAUAAAAUCUGUAAGUUUUUGAUCGUUGGCUUCUUCUUGUACUUUGUCGGCGGAUUUAUGUUCCGAAUGGUGUUCGGACGACAGUCAACCAGUAUGCCAGUGGUGGAAAAUUUUGCCACCAUAUAACAAAUCCAAGUGAACGACGGUGAUUAGUCUAAUAAAUUGCGUUGUUGGUCGUCCAUGUCCCAACAUCGAUGUACAAGGAAACGUUGCGAGAUUCAGCUUAUCGUAAAAUUUGAGUUAGUCGUCCGCAAUCGACAGCACCUGUUUAGUUUUAUCACUUUUUGGUUAAGUGAUUUCUUGUACAUAAUUUUGUGUUGAUUUUGUUUAUUGUAAAUAUAAUCCAAUUUUCUACAUUUUUACCAAUUCAUAGCUGCGUAAGCGAAUUAAAUUUUA